AUGGACACAAUCAUCACCACAUUACCACCAGACGUCGGGGCAAUUCUGAUGAAAAAUGUCUCGAUCAUCCAGGUCGUCUCCAUGUUCGCGAUCGGCGCAUACAACACCCUCGAAUCCGCAAUUGUCACGUUCGAUACAUUCAAGCGCUAUAGCGGUCUCUAUUUCUGGAGCAUGCAGGUCGCGUCUUGGGGCAUUCUUGUGCAUGCACUGCCUGCCAUGGCUCGUUUCGUUUCUCAAACGUCUAAUCUUUCCAAGUCUAUCCCGUUCAUUAUCGGGUGGUACGCCAUGGUCACUGGUCAGGCGGUCAUACUCUUUUCCCGUCUGGAUCUUGUUGUACGCGACUUUAAAAAAGUGCGAUGGGUGCUGUGGAUGAUCGUGGGGAACUUCUUCAUUCUUCACGUUCCGAUGACCGUUCUGUUCUUUGGCUUAAACCAAGGUGACGCACGCUUCGCUCGACCCGCCGCGAUAUACGAUCGCAUCCAGGUCAGCGGCUUCUGCGCGCAGGAAAUCAUCAUCUGCGGCAUCUACAUCUACAAAGCCGCCCAAGCUCUCAAGCCCAUGAUUCAGACCCGAGGUCGCAACGGGCGGAAUGCCAUCAUUCAUCUGCUUUGGAUCAAAAUCAUCGUUGUGUUGUUGAACAUGUUGCUGCUUCUUACGGAGUUCAAGCUACACUACAUUCAAGUGAGCUUCAAGACUGUCGUGUACAGCAUCAAGCUGAAUUUGGAGUUAUCUGUGUUCAAUCGUCUCGUGUCGUUGACAAGCUCGCAGCCCACUCUCUCUCCAUAUGAGCCCCAAGACUGGCGCAGGUCUAGCAAGACAAGCCUGCCCGACAAGAUCCUUCCAUGGGUGUCUGUCAGACCGGAUGAAACUGUGAGAUCUUCUGCUGGCCGAAGAGACGCGUUACGAGGGGCAAGUGCAGGGUUGACUGGGGCAAGUGUGAGCCCUGGAAGCACUUCGUCGACACGACUCUCGGUCACUUUCCCUACAGCCUCGUCAAAAUGUCUGCCCGCGCUGGAAUUGAAUCUGUCUCAGUUUUCAUCCAGAUUGGAUGUAUAA